CAGCAGCCUGAGGGCACUGGUAUUUAGAGGGUGCCCCGCCCCUCCCAUCCAGUGCGCUGCCCCCAAAACUUUCUCUCCCCUAAAAUAUUCCACACCUCCUCCCUCUCUCUUCGCUGUUUUCCCAGUGGCCGACCCUGCCAACAACCCCUUCACCUUUUUACCUCUUCCCCUGGACACAUCCGCUGCCCACCUUCAGCCGUAGAACCUUUCCCCUCGACAGUAGAAAUACCGCCGGAGCAGGCUGCUAGACGUCGGUACCUCUCGCCGCAGCACACAGCCAAGCGUCCAACCCGUCGAGGCACUGCGCUACCUGCUGCCACCUCUCCAGCACCACCUUGGGGCUCCAACACCAGCCCUCUCUCACCAGCCUUCACCCGCUCCAGCUCCAGCUCCAGCACCCACUCCAGCACCAACACCACUAUACCAUCAUGCCUCGCCCAAAAAAGACCGAGCCGGCCAAGCCUGCAGCGGUCGCGCCCGCACCGGUGGUCCCUCUGAUGCAGCCGCUGCCAGCCCAGAUUGCCUCUCAGCCCCUUCAGCAGUCUCUGGCCGCCGGUCCCGGUGUACCGCCGCGGACCAUUGGCAUUGAAGAGUUCAUCCGUGUUCGCGACAGUGUAUAUGCUCGCUUCAAUACCAUCACUGGCCUGAUGAAGAGCUUCUCGGAUGACUUUCUGCGCCAAACAAGCCUGCUCAUAGGCGAGCCGGCUCCGUUUGACAAUGGCGCCAGCCAUUCCGUGAACCUCAUCGCCGGCCUGGACGGCAUUAGUAGCCAGCUGGCCGAUUUCGGCGCGCAUGCCGAGGAGAAGAAGGAGCGGAAGAAGCGUACUCACGAUCCUAACGCCCCCAAGCGGCCCCUCACUCCGUAUUUCCUCUACAUGCAAACCGCGCGCCCUAUCAUCGCCAACGAUCUCGGUCAGGAUGCUCCUAAGGGCGCCGUCCAAGAGGAGGGUCAACGGCGAUGGGGAUCCAUGACUCCUAAUGAGAAGAAUGCCUGGAACAACGCGUACCAGUUCAACCUGCGUCUCUACAACGCGCGAGUGCACUCGUACAAGGCCGGCAACCCGGACGCGCGGAACAUGAGCGACUCGGACGCGCUCGCGUACGCGGACCAGAACAGCAUCUCGCAGCCUACGCUGUCCAACGAGGAUCCGUACGUGCCCAACGACCAGGACGCGAUCGCGGAGCAGCUGCAGAUGGCGGUGGCGCCGGCCCCGGAGCCAGAGGACGUGGCUAAGACCCCCAAGUCCAAGGUGACGCGGAAGCGCAAGAGCACGGCGGCCGAGGUCGAGGACGCAGAGGCGAGCGCCGCCAAGGCCGCGACGCCGGCCAGCCCCGACAAGAAGCGCAAGCGGACCUCCAAGGCGGCCGAGACGCCCGAGGAGCCCAAGAAGCCCAGCCGGAAGAAGAAGAGCGCGUAGUGAGCUCGGCUCGACGUCUGGUGGCGCGCGCGCGCGGUGGCUUUUGUUUUUUAUAUCAGUAGAUAUGAUAUAUCCUGCUCUGUCGGCUCGCGUGAGAAGGGAGGACUAUACCCGGGAGCAAGCAAGCAAGCAGGUCGUUCGCAGUAACUGGGGGGUAGCGAGGGGUGGAGGAGGGUGCUUUGUGUGUGCCUCUGAGUGAAGGCUGCUGUCUCGGAUGGUCGGCCAGUCGGCGGACGUCU